ACAUACAAUGCUGCUAGCGCACCAGGAAACCUCGUUUUAUUUGUUGUGUAAGCUUUCAGCACGUUAGUAUUCAAUUGCGGUUCUUGUAGCUUUAACUACAUUUAUAUUUUCCAGAAGUAUGCAGCAAGGUGAAAAGUUAAUUUUUAUUGAACCGAUUUCAGCAUGACAGAAAGAACAAGCAAAGACAAACCGAGGCGAAGCUUGUCAUUGAAAAAGAAGAAAGGCGAUGCUAAAGCUGGGACUUCUUCUACGACAAAAACCCCGAUCACCAACUUCUUCUGCAGCCAGCCUCCACCGAACCUGGCCUGUCCCCUGUGUGGACAAUUAGUCCCAAGAUUCAAGAUCAAUGAGCAUAUCGAUUUGCAGUGUCAAAACUUUGAUAGAGGAGACAGCGCUCCCGCUUCUGGAGGUAGGAAUGAUUAUUCAGGGGUCCAGCUGUCACCAGGAGGGAAUCUGUCAAAGUCCCCUGAGACGGACCAGAAAGAGGACACAAAAACUAAAACGAGUCCUUAUUUUAAGAAGAAUAAUUCCCAGCAAACUCCACGGGACAUAAAGAAAACUGUGGUCAGAACCAUUGACCUAGGAAGUCUGUCUUCAAAGUUAUCCAGAAAAUAUCACAAGAAACAUGCAGAAGUUAGCAACACAUCUGAUGCGAUGAGCUCCGCGGAGUCGACCAGCAGCUCCCAAAAGGAAAAUGUCCAGGCAUUAGAAGACAUCAGUGACUGUAUUUCAGCAGUGACAGAAGCUUCAUCACCUGUAGAAAAGCAAUCAGAUCAAUCAAUGGUUUCAUAUAAACAGCCACCUUCACCUGCCAAGCAAACGAAGAGAAAGAAGAAAGCCACUUUUAAAGUCAAUGGAUCUCUUAUCAGAAAGAAAGCGAAAUAUGAAGGUAGCAGUGGAGAGGCAUCAUCUUGUCUUGAUCCAGAGGACACAGAUACAGGACAGAAAUCUGACAAGCCUUUCAGUUCAGAGGAGUUGUCUGAGAAGAGUGAUGCAGAUGUAAAGGUAGAAACCUCUGAUGCCCAAUCACUUCCCUACUAUCUGCGUAACUUCCGGACCGUGCUGCACGCGGUGUUGGAGAACGAGGACGACAGGAUGCUCUUCAACCAGGAGGACAUGUCCGCUGUACUUGGAUUUCAGAGCUUGUCAGUUAUGGCUCAGAAGCUGUAUGUGAGGCUCUUUCAGAGGAAACUGAAGUGGCUACAGGUAAAUAAACUGGAUUAUGGAGAGAUCUGCAGUGAUCUGGGAUCUGUUGCACAAGAACUGGCUCAAAUAGGUUUUCUACAGACAGAAAAGGACCUCGAGGAUCUUGUGGAGGCUCUGGAUCUGCUGCCGGCUCCUGACCUCAAAGCUCUUGCUAAAACUUUCCAUCUGGGCAGUUCUGGCACCCAAAAACAGCAGCUGGUCGAUGGGCUUCUCCGUCUGAGCAGGCAGAAGUCUUUCUUCUCUCCGGCCUCCAGUCAGAGCAAAGUUGGGACAGUUAUUCUGAAACGGGCGAAGCAGCUCGCAGGCUCCUGUGUGCGUCUGUCUCGCGGGCCUCGGGCCGUCUUCUCCCGCAUCUUGCUGCUCUUCUCUUUGACGGACACGAUGGACGAGGAGGAAAUGGCAGCUGGAGGUCAGAAUCAGCUUUUCACCAUCCUGUUGGUGAACUCGGGUCGUCUGGCGUUUCCGGACUACACCGUGCAGCGAGAGGCCAAAGUGUUUCAAGAUAGAGAGGAUCUCAUCAGGUAUGAAGCGUCCAUGCGUGCCCUUAUAGAGGUCACCAUGGCGAUGCAGGGGGGUCAGUGGGAUCAGGCCCUGCAGCUCUACACCUCUGCCAAAAAAACCUGGAUUGAGCUCAACAGCAACCAUGACCUGAGUCACCAGGAAGAGCUGCCAGUGUUCCUCCGCAGCUUCACUACCGGAUGGGCUUACACGCGAAUCUUAUCCAGAGGAGUGGAGAUUUUACAAAGGCUGCGUCGCUAUGAGGAAGCAGUAGAAGAGCUGCAGGCCCUACUAAAGCAGACCGUUUACUGUCCUGACAGCCGGGGCCGAUGGUGGGACAGGCUGGCUCUGAACUUUCACCAGCACCUCAAAAAACCUGAUCAAGCUAUCUGUGCUAUGAGAGACGGGCUGUCAGAUCCUCUGGUGCGCACAGGACACAAACUUUCCCUUCAUCAGAGAGCUCUCCGGAUGAAAGACGCUCCCAGCUGCAAAAAAUACCGGCUCCAACUCAGAGAGCUUCCUGCUGUCCAAAUUCAAGAUGUUAAACAUGUGACCAUUCGGGGUCAGCUGUUUCCUCAUGAAGGCGGCAUGGGGAAAUCUAGAUUUAUUUUACCAGAAAGUGAAGAAGGAGACGGGAGUGCUCACUCUACUGUAAUAUGCUCUGUAGAAGAUCUUAGUUUGGCACAUUACCGACAACUAGGCUUUGACCAAGGAAUCCAUGGAGAAGGAUCAACAUUCUCAACCUUGUUUGCUCUCCUGAUGUGGGACAUUAUCUAUAUGGAAGGUAUUCCAGACGUCUUCAGAAACCCAUACCAGACUUGUCCUCUGGAUCUUUACACCGACUGUUUCUAUGAAAACAGACGGGAAGCUAUAAUCUCUCGCGUUCAGUUGCUCUGUGAAGCUUCUGUGGAAACUCUGUGUGCCAUGCUGGAAGAUGUCUGGACAUCUCAGGAGGGGAAAGUGUGUUCGCUGGUCAGCUGGGAGCGUUUCUCGUCCCUCCAACAUGCACAGUCUCUGAUUGCAUGUCUUGGCGGAGCUUUCCUUGGUGGAGUGAUUGACCGAAUGGCAAAAGACUACAGACAUUGCAGAGGAGGUUUGCCUGACCUUGUUGUGUGGAACACCUCAAACAACACUUAUAAGCUGGUCGAGGUGAAGGGGCCCAACGAUCGUCUGUCUCAGAAGCAGCAGAUCUGGUUGGAUGAGCUGCAGAAACUCGGGGCCGAUGUCGAGGUGUGUCACGUGACGGCCACCGGAGCCAGAGGAGCUCGUCUGGAGGAAAUGAGCAAAUAAGACUCUACUGAGACACGUUUAUCUGCCAACAUGAAAAAAUCCUGGCAACAAGUUCGCAAAAGGAAAAAGAAACGUUUCUGUAAUUUCUCCCACUGAUUUUUGCUGAAGAAUAUUUUGAUCCGUACUAAAAAAAAAUUUAUACUCAACUGAAAACUUUAACUUUUAGGUUGUUCAUCAUAAGUUUUCUUAUUUGAUGUAUUUCUGGUGUCUUCCCUCAUCUGCAUCAUGACUUCUAAUGAGUUUAUAUAGUCCCAGUCAGAAGUUUACAUACCUUCAUCAUGGUGUAUAUAUUUUGAGCAUUUAAACAUUUAUUUGAAUUCUUCAUUUUAGUGACUAAACAACCUUACUGAUUCUUAAGGCCUUGAAUUUGUAUGUGACUAAGUGUGGUUUAACUGGUUGCUGAGUAAACACACAUUUUUUUGAAGUCAUCACACUGCAAAAACAAAAUCCUACCAAGUAUUUUUGGUUUAGGUUCUAGUACAAAUAUCUCAGUUUUGUCUUAUUUCAAAUAUCUUACUUUAAAGGAUUAUUUACUUUAAACAAGCUCCUACAUCUUGCUGAAAAGUUGCUUGUAAGUUAGUUUUCUCUUAUUUCAAGUGUACUGAGAUAUUCGCACUAGAAAUUAAACCAAAAAUACUCUGUAAGAUUUUGUGUUUUGGCAGUGCAUCAAGCUUUUGGCCUAAAUCAGGCUGGAUAUUUGACCCCCUUUCUUAUCAAAAGUGUCUCAUGUUGCUGAGUUUUCUGGGCAGAAGCUGACUUUUAAAACAUUAUUUACAUAUUCUCACCAGGAAUGAGGUCAGAGUCAUUUCUGAACGUUGGCUAAUUCAGUUUUGUUGGCUAAAAUCAGGCUUUUGACAGAUCAAUAAUCGGCUAUUGGCAAAAAAAAAAAAACUGCAAUCGGUGAAUCCCUAAUCAGAUGGUUCAAACCUGGAAGCAUCUGAGUGUUCCAAGAGGUUAAUGAUCCCAAACAAACAUCAAACUGGUUUUGGAACGAGUGAAGCAGACUAGCAUUAAGCUUCUUUAUUGACACAAUACUUUAAAAGUCUGGUCUGUGUCAGGGAAAAACAAGUAAUUUUGAAAUCAACAAGCUGUUAUUGUUUUCUGUAGCUUGUUAAUGAGUGAAAAAUGUGUUUUUCUCUCUCCAACUUGCUAAAGCAGAUUGAAUGUACAUAUCUUAAGCUGUUUGUACAAAUUAAUAAUUAUAGGAGACUGAAAAUGUCAACCAAAGUUUUUUUUUUUUUAACAACUAAAAAUCCUGUCCAUUCUGGAAAAAAAUAACUCCCUGAAGUAAAUAUUUUAUACAAAUCAUGAGAAGAUGUGACCUUUUGAUUAGCAUUAUAGCAGAGAGAUGAGAUAAUCGGAGGCAGGCUGUUUGCAGAUAAUUAGAGUUAAUGCAUGAAUGGACACAACCACCAGGAGAACCUUUAUUCUUCUAUUAUAAUAGAAAUAUGUAUCAUCAGUUUGUCAGGUUACCAAGCAACUAAAAAAAUCACAUUUCCUUAGCAGCUCAAUCUGCAUCAACUCCAUGAGUUUCUCCUUCAAAUAAUUACUGUGUUAAUUGCCUCUAAUGAUGCUGAUUUGAUACUGAUGUAUUAAAUAUCAGCUGGUACCAAAGACGAAGUCUGAGGGUUGUUUUUAUACAUUCAUAAAUACAGUUGGUAUAAUUAAUGUGCAAUUUAUUCUCGUGAUUACGUGACAAAUUAAAAUGUCAGAUUUCUUUUUUUUUUUAUAAGUGAUUUCUCACAGUUUUUGUUUGUUCUGGAUAUGAUCCCUGGAAACAAAUUUACACCAGUUCCUCAGCACAACCAUGCAGCUAAUAAUGGGA